CUGAUAUAUAUUAGAUCUAGCUAUCAACAUCCAUCUCACAAUGACUAGAAUCUAGACUUAAAGAGUCCUAGUGACCACUGACAGUGAUAACCAGAGAUGUGAUGGAGAGAACACGACAGCUUUAUUCAGCUUGUGAACAAGGAGACAUUGACACAGUCCAGGCUAUUUUAGACAAAGGUUGUGAAGUGGACUCUCCUCUAGAUGAUGAAGAAAACACAGCUCUCCAGGUUGCGGCCAGCAAUGGAAAUGAACAGAUUGUUAGGUUGCUCAUCAUGCGGGGUGCUGGACUGGACAAAGCAAAUAGCUUUGGAUGGACACCAUUAUUACAAGCUGUCAGAUAUGGACACACUAAUAUUGUGGCUUUGCUUCAUCAGCACCAUGCAGAUCUUCAUGCGAAAACCCGAUAUGGUGCGUCCGCUAUGACCUUGGCAGCCAAAGGAGGUCACAUUCAAACGGUCAAAUUUCUGAUUGAGUCAGGGGUGGAUAUGAAUGAUGUUGGUGAUGGCUGUGAAUUUACCCCCCUACUGGUGGCCGCACAGCACGGCCAUGACGCUGUGCUACGUGUUUUACUGGACAGAGGUUGUGAUGUGAACUAUUACACUCCAUCUACUGGCCUGACGGCAUUAAUGAUGGCGGCACUGAACGGUCACAUGACAACAGCUCAAAUAAUUAUUGAGAGGGGAGGCGAUCCCAACAUGACCAAUGUUUGUGAUAAGACUGCUCUAGAAAUAGCUACAAUAAGAGACCAAAGAGAAGUUAGGGGUUACUUGGAUAGAAAAACAACUAACAAACCAAAAUUGUCUGCUGAUGAUAUAAAACCUGACGUUAUAGAAGCUGCUAAACAUGGUGAUAUUCAAAGAAUCAAAGAAAUCUUGGAUCAAGAUGCUAGUCAGAAAGAUGCUCAUUCCCCACACGAUGGAGCUACACCGCUCAUGUUUGCAGCGAUGACGGGGCGAUUAGACAUAGCAGAGUUACUGGUGCUGAAAGGUUGUGAUGUUAACAAACAAGACUUGAUCAGUGGCUGGACAGCGCUCAUGCAAGCUACUUACCAUGGCAGGAAGAAUGUUGCCAUGUUUUUACUGUCUAUUGGGGCUGAUGUCAACAUACAAGCUAAAAAUGGAUGUACAGCAUUUGACAUGGCAUCUUUAAUAGAUGAUGUUGACACAGAACUACUGCGUCAGUUAGCAGCUAAAGCCAUGCAGGUGAAUAAAGUGGACAAAAAUAAGAAAAGUGGAAGCAAGCCAGUUAAUAGUGGAGUCGUGUCCCCUGACAUGAGUCUGGAAUCUGAAAGCCCAAAGAGUGGUUUAAAGGGUUGGUGGAAUCGAAUGUCCAACAGAUUUCGUAACUUAAAGUUGGGCAGAACUUUGACAGGAACAAACCGGCUAAGUCCACUCAAUGUAGAACCAUCUGUCCAAAUCAUGGCAGCAGUGCCACAAACUCAGUCAGCAAGAUUGGAACGUAAAGCUCUACUAAACACAGACCCAAGCACUUUGUCAAUGACAAGUUAUGAAACCAUGCUUCUGGAAACUAAACAAAGUGCAUCUUUCUAUACGCUGGAAAUAAGCUCUCCACACACAGCCAUGUCUAGUGAUACUCUCAAGCCAGUUAUUCCCCCAUUUUUACCCACACCAAGUUUUGCUUUGGAUAACUCUGACCACUCUCAUCGGCUGACUUCAAAUUUUAGAGCCUACAAAAGUGGGGAUGAAACAUAUAGAGGACACAUAAUGAGGCCUAUCGCAAGCUCUGUACCACCAUCUUCAGACAAUGGCAGUCACUAUAGCAACCACCAACAUGACAACAGUCCAGAUUCUUCUGGUGGAAGCAGUAACAUAACUGCACUACAUGCCAAGAUGGCUGCCCAUAGGAAGUAUGUUGACCUAGGCAAGUCUAGGCCCAAUGAUUCAACUGAAAUCUCAAGUUUCAAUCAUGGAACUUUAUUUCCUGCAGCGUCAAACAUUCCUGUACCAAAAUACUCAGCUUAUUUACCUCAUCAAACGCCUUCGAGGCUUUUUAUGCCACGUAAAUCGUCAACUGUUCCCUGCACACUGCGUACCAUGUCCAAUACAACGUCACCCAACAGUUCCACCAGCGGGAGCUCGUCCAUCACACCUCAAAGAUCAUCAAAAGGCAGAAGUACAUCGUCAAAAGGGAGUACUACUUCUACUCUGACCCCAUCGCCAUCGCCCACACCUGGAAAAUCAGCUGAUGAUAUUCCCCAAACACUGGAUAGUUUACAAGAGAAAGAUGGACAUGAUGAUGAAUUGGCUAGUAUCAUGAAAAAAUUGUCACUUGAAAAAUACAAUCCUAUAUUUGAAGAGCAGGAGGUUGAUAUGGAAGCCUUUCUAACAUUAACAGAUGAUGAUUUGAAGGAAUUGGGUAUUUCCCAUGCAGAGUCGCGAAGACAAAUUUUGUCAGCCAUUUGUGAACUGCGAUCAGGAAAGGGGAGAGAGAGACAGCACUAUGCUGACACGAUGUCCAACUUUAAUUCAACACUCAAAGCCAGAGUGCCACCAGAAGGUUCAGAGAGUAUAGAAAUUUCCCAGUGGAGUGUGCCAGAUAACACUACCAAGUCUGUCAGAUAGCACUACCAAAGCUGCUAGCUAGCACACUAAAGUUUACAACAUAACACUUAUGAAAUCUACCUUCAAAAUUUAAACUUUAUGUUUAAUUGACUGUUACUGUUCAAUUUCAUGUUUACUUAGAUUUAGUGGCAUCUGUUUUGUGUUGUACAUCACAUUGGGUGGCCAGGAUGCUGCCAUAUUAUUCCUGUCACAGUCCUUUAAUUAUCAUCCCAGUCAGCAGCAGGUCUCUCUUGUGGUCUGUAGUUUUAUCUUCAAAAUGAUCUUGAGUACUCCUCUUUUUUCCUACAUGGGUUUCUAGUCUUUGAAGGCUGUAGAAUGUCUGUGGUUUUUGCAUUCUCACAAAAUGACCUGAUGACCAAACCUGCUCUGUUUUCAGAUCCGCCACAGUCUGUCUCUUAAAAUCCACUUCCUUAACUUUAACAAUUCAUUGUAUUUUAUAUAAUUCAAAACUUAAUGUUCUGAAGAAUUGCUUCAGCUUAAUUAAACAUAAUAAAAUUUAAGUAUAGGACAUGAGAUAUUCUUUAUUAUGUUUUACAAAAAUAUUGGUUGUUAAUCCUUUUAUACAAAUCCGUCCAAUUAAAUGUUUCUUUUUUUUAAUCAAUUUCAAUAUUUUUUUCUGUCUCACUUAGUGUAUAAAAUGUAAUUAGUUUUUUAUAAAUGAUACUUUGUAAUGUAUAUAAAAAUUAUUGUUUUAUUAUACAAAACAGUGCAGGCAGGUGACUUGAUAUAACACACACAGGUGCAAUGUUUUCAGGUGCUUACAGAUGAAUAAGUCUAAAAUAAUAAAGUUUUGAUUUUAUCAACUUUAAAGAAUAAAUUUACUGUUGUUUUCAAGCCUUUUAUAUAUUGUGCAUAUAAAUCUUGUUCUAAAACUAGAAAUAUUUUUUAAGUCUUGUUUUCAGGCACAGUGGUCUUAUGUCUUCAAGUGAUGCUGUCAUAGACAUGUAUUAAACUUGCUACCAAAAUAAAUGCACUGUGCUUGUCAAAAGAAAACAUUGUUUAUUUAUUCAAGUGUACCCAAUAAAAUAAUGUUUAAAUAAGCAUAGAUCUUCCCAUAACAUUCUAGUCAAAUUAGAGAAAUUGAAAAUAUGAUAAAACACUUAGCUUCUGGACAGAGGGAUCUUGCGUCUGAAUCUUGAAAUGGCUGAGAUUGUAUUUAGGGAAUUUUUUUAUCUUAAUUAAGCUCAUCAGCUCCUAGGAUGCCAGGUUGUACAUGCUAUUGCUUCACCUGACACUGGCAACUCUAAAGCUUGAGGGGAACUUGUAUAGGUGUCUCUUCAAAUGCCCCUUAGACCUGUUUUUAAUGCACUUUAAACCUUAAAAUGAGUGGUAGAUUAGCCUCUAAACAUCAGAAUCAUAAUUCCAUUUUGUAUGCACUCAUAGUAAAAAAAAAUCUCAGCACUUUAAGGGUUAAACAACAAUAUAUCUAACUUAGUGUGACAAGGUGAAAAAAGUACUUAGCAUUUCAUACUGCAUUAUUACCAUCUUCCAUACGUAAUCUUAAAAUUAAACCCUUAAAACGUGUGUGGUAGUUUAGCCUCUAAACAUCAGAAUUUUAAUUCCAUUUUGUAUAAUCUCAUUGUAAAACAGCUCAGCACUUUAAGGGAAGAAAAAUAUGUGUCCUUAUCUAGUCAUUAAUGUUUAAUUAUUGAUUUAAAUAAGAAUUCACUUGGCUUUUUUUUUUAAUGAAUUCAUACAAACCAUCCCAUGUUCUAAUGGCAGAAAAAAUAAACAUUUCUCAUAAGCUUGUUUAAGCAUAUGAGCAAGAAAGAUUUGAUUUAUGCUCAUUUAUUAAGUUAUGGUUCGUUUUCUAAUUUCCAUGUACUAUGUAAUGUUCUUAAGUCUCUAAUGGUGUUACUU